AUGGACCUCUCUCUUGCUCCCAAGAAAUUCGAAAACUCUACUCUUUUAAUUGAUUCCAUUCCGGUGGCGGAGUUCCAAAGCCAACAACUCGCAGUUCAUCCACCGGGAGCCCUAACCAUCUCCCGAGAGCUUCUCGACGCAUCCAUUGUUGUAGAAGCAACAAGCAUGAUUUCAUGUUGGGGUGAGGAUAAAACAGAAUUGGGGAAACGCGUUGGGAGGAUUUACGAAUCUGUGAUGGAAGAUGUGCUCCGUUGGGCUACAUGUUCAGUUGAGAUUUUCUUCUCACGUAAUAAUGCUCUAUUAGCAAGCUCGAGCAUGAAGAUUUUACAAAGAGUCGCUAACCAUAAUGUAGCCAUGUAUCCCUUCAUUUUCAUCUUACUCAUCGAAUAUUGCUUCCCUCUCCUGAUUUGCACAUGA